CCCCCUGGGCGCGCGGCCGCCGUUCCCGAAAGCCCCACCCCCCCGGCACGCGCUCGUCCUCCCAAAGCGCCACGUGCUCGCUGGAGGGCGGUGCUGGGGCCGAGCCGGGAAGAUGUUCUUGCUGCCCCUUCCGGCUGCUGGGCGAGUCGUCGUCCGACGUCUGGGCGUGAAUCGUGUCUGGGGACGGGGUUUCGCUGCCGCAGACAUGACGAAGGGUCUUGUUUUAGGAAUCUAUAACAAAGAAAAAGAAGACGAUGUGCCGCAGUUUACAAGUGCAGGAGAGAAUUUCGAUAAAUUAGUGUCUGGAAAGUUGAGAGAAGUUUUGAACAUAUCUGGACCUCCUCUGAAGGCAGGCAAAACCCGAACCUUUUAUGGUCUGCAUGAGGACUUCCCGAGCGUGGUGGUGGUCGGCCUCGGCAGAAAGACAGCUGGAAUUGAUGAGCAGGAAAACUGGCAUGAAGGCAAAGAAAACAUCAGAGCUGCUGUAGCAGCGGGGUGCAGGCAGAUUCAGGACCUGGAGAUCUCUUCGGUGGAGGUGGAUCCCUGUGGAGAUGCGCAGGCGGCUGCGGAAGGAGCAGUGCUCGGUCUCUAUGAGUACGAUGACCUGAAGCAGAAGAAGAAAGUAGUUGUAUCGGCAAAGCUCCACGGAAGUGGGGACCAGGAGGCCUGGCAGAAGGGAGUCCUCUUUGCUUCUGGACAGAACUUGGCACGCCACCUGAUGGAGACUCCAGCCAAUGAGAUGACGCCAACCAGAUUUGCUGAAAUUAUUGAGAAGAAUCUCAAGAGUGCUAGUAGUAAGACAGAGGUUCAUGUCAGACCCAAAUCUUGGAUUGAGGAACAGGAAAUGGGAUCGUUCCUAAGUGUGGCCAAAGGAUCCGAUGAGCCUCCAGUCUUCUUGGAAAUUCACUACAGAGGCAGCCCCGAUGCAGGCGAAGCGCCCCUGGUGUUUGUUGGGAAGGGAAUUACCUUUGACAGUGGCGGCAUUUCCAUCAAGGCCUCUGCAAAUAUGGACCUCAUGAGGGCUGACAUGGGAGGAGCUGCCACCAUCUGCUCAGCCAUCGUCUCUGCUGCCAAGCUGAACCUACCCAUUAACAUCAUAGGUUUGGCCCCUCUCUGUGAAAACAUGCCCAGCGGUAAGGCCAACAAGCCUGGGGAUGUCGUUAAAGCCAGGAACGGGAAGACCAUACAGGUCGAUAACACGGAUGCAGAGGGGAGGCUCAUACUGGCUGAUGCACUUUGUUAUGCGCACACCUUUAACCCAAAGGUCAUCAUCAAUGCUGCCACCCUAACAGGUGCCAUGGACAUAGCUCUGGGGUCCGGUGCCACUGGGGUCUUCACCAAUUCGUCCUGGCUGUGGAACAGACUAUUUGAGGCCAGCAUUGAAACAGGGGACCGUGUCUGGAGGAUGCCUCUCUUUGAACAUUAUACAAGACAAGUUGUAGAUUGCCAACUUGCUGAUGUUAAUAACAUUGGAAAAUACAGGUCUGCAGGAGCAUGUACGGCUGCAGCAUUCCUGAAAGAAUUUGUGACUCAUCCUAAGUGGGCACAUUUAGAUAUAGCAGGUGUGAUGACCAACAAAGAUGAGGUUCCGUAUCUGCGGAAGGGCAUGACCGGGAGGCCCACAAGGACCCUGAUAGAGUUCUUGCUUCAUUUCAGUCAAGAUAGUGCUUAGUUAAGAUUGUCUAAAAUUUUUCAGUUCUCUUAAAUGAGCAGUUGAGCCUCAAAAUAUUUUUGAAUGAAUGGAUGAAAAUCUUAAAAGAAACAAAGGAUGGUAUUUAAAAAUGUAGAACAAAAGAAAAUUUAAUUAUCUUGAUUUUUUUCCGUUUUGAGUAGGGAUUUAUAAAGGUAAAGCUAAUAAUCUUGCUUGGCAAUGACUUUUAAGAUAUUCUAUAAAUGAUUACAUGUUGAAAAACUACCUGAGGGGCGCCUGGGUGGCGCAGUCGGUUAAGCGUCCGACUUCAGCCAGGUCACGAUCUCGCGGUCCGUGAGUUCGAGCCCCGUGUCGGGCUCUGGGCUGAUGGCUCAGAGCCUGGAACCUGUUUCCGAUUCUGUGUCUCCCUCUCUCUCUGCCCCUCCCCCGUUCAUGCUCUGUCUCUCUCUGUCCCAAAAAUAAAUAAACGUUGAAAAAAAAAAAAAUUAAAAAAAAAAAAAAAAAAACUACCUGAUUUUCAGAGUAGAUGUUUUUAAGUGAGGAGCAAAAUGUAUUUUAGAUUUGUGAUGCUAGGAACAAACUAAAGGUUCCUAUGUACUUGUCAGAAAAAAUAAAUCCAACUUUUUAUGCUC